GAUAUAGUUCCCAGAUCAUUUAGGGUACCCUUAGGUUCUGUUGACUGGCCUCGGCUCUUCAAGCUUCAAAAUCAGGAUGGAUUUUGGCAACUUACCUCUGAGCUUGGAAUGCUUUUAGAUCUUGAUGUGCAUCAUUUAAUUGAUGUUUCACUUGCAAAAAAUGGAAUUCAGUCACUUGGUCCAAAAGGAAAAGAGAAGUUGUUGCGACUGAUUGCUACCCUUUUAGUGCUCCAAGCUAUAUAUUUCAAGCAACUGGAAGGUCUUAUCUUCAAAUCUCUAAUGAAAUUGAAAGACUCUCCUCCAUCAUGGGCACUUAAUCCAGUAAAGAAAGCAAUUGAGUGGGCAAACAAAACUAACCGUGAAUUUCCAGGUAUUUGCCAGCGUCUUCAGCUUGGAAAAGACUGGGAUGAUGUCACUAAAAAUCUCCUGGGUAUUUAAGUAAUGAACACAUCAUACUUCAUGCUUCUCCUUCUCUUAAUAAUUGAACACUACUAAGUUUGUUCUUCUCUUACUGAUGAACAUGACUCACAAUAAAAAUACAUAAUCAUUGAUUUCCUUAUUUAAGAUUAUAAUUAUGCUGAUAUUUAACUUAGUACUUUUUGUUACCUUUAUAUAUUUCAUUAUGUGUCCAUUGACUUCUCCAAUGAAUAGCAUGCAUGACAUGGCCAAGGUAAAUCAAACAUCAUCUUGUGAUUUUGGCUUCUAAUGAUAUGUCUGGUUUUAUACAAGCAGUGAAGAGUAUACUUGUAUAAACGAUAAGUAUAUAUUCUAGAAACACUAUCUAGAAAACUAUUUUUCUUCUUCCUCUCACCCUCUAAAUACAGUUAUUUUGUUUAGUUUUCAGAAAUACAGCUUGCUUUGUUAAAAGUUUGGAAAUUUUGAUUUCUAUUAAGCACAAUUGAUUUAAUAAAAAUCAAGUGAUUGAUACAAUU